GUCGAUAGCUCGAUCACACGUCGAGAGAGAAGCGUCUUUUGGAAAAUCCGGAAAAACCAUCCUCAAGAUCACAACAAACAAAAGCCGCGAACAGCACCCCGGCAUCAUUAUUUCUCCGUUUCGUAGUUGAUCCUUAGUCACAAUGAAUUCGGCCAGUAAGGUAGGAGAAAUUUUCACUGCUGCAGGAAAUGCUUUCAAUAAGUUAGGAGAACUCACCAUGCAGCUUCAUCCAACUGCGGAUUCUCCUGCUGGCAAAUGGACAGACGAAGAAAUUGAGAUGCUUCGGCAUGCUGUGCUUAAGUUUGGGGAAGAGCUCAGUACGAUUUGUGAACAUAUUAAAGGGAAAACUGUGAGUCAAAUUAAAUCUACUUUGAAGAAGAAGGUCUUUGAAGAUGCUGGGCUGCAAGUACGACAGAUUCAAGCUACACCAACAUCAAUCAACCAACAAACUCAACAAUCUAUGAUGAGUAGGGAAGUUACUCUCAAUAUGCUUAAUGCCACUGAAUCUGAAGUUGAUGUUGAAGGAUUAAAUGAAGAUGUCAAGCUGGAAUUUGAUGGACCCACAGAGGAAGUGGCUUCUUAGUUCAUCUGAUAAUGCUUAACUAUGAAUUUGUAAAAAUAUUUGUAUAUAAAUUCCUUAAAUAUUGUCAAUGAAUUUUAAUUGUCUCAAGCUUAUGCUGCUCAGAGUUUUGAGCUACAUCAUUGUGUUACCAAUGAGGAUGAAAGGGAUAGUUCUGGUUUGUGAUUCAAUCUCACAGUACAUUCAUUUUAUUUUAUGAAAACUGCUUCAAAAUGAAAAGGAAAAAAUAUCAAA